AAACACUUUUUAUCAGAAAGAUUUUUGAUAUUGAUAACACAUUUCUUAUUCUUAAUGAACUGGGGUGUUUGAAUAUAACUGCUUGUGUACAUUGGAUUAUAUCUAAUCACAUUUACAUCAAGCGAGUCGAUCUUCUUCAACACCCACCCACUCCCAAAUCGAACAAAGUUAUCGAAUGAACUUAAAAUUUUCCUAACUGCUAACAUAAAUUGUUCAUUCAAUUCGUCAUAACUCUCCAAGACAUUCAUGCCUAUGGCCGAGUAGCUAUGAAGAUUCACAAUGGAUGAAACAGCUUCAGAUUCCUCUGAUUCUAAAACUACCAUCUUAUACAAUAAUACAUUUAAUACUAAAAACCAUUUAACAUUUCCUUCGAAACGUGCAGCGUGUUCUCUUAUUAUCUCGAAAACACGAGCUUUUGAGUUUUGAAGCACAUUUUCAAUGUCAGGUGCUACGUUUUUGAAGGAAAUGCGAUGGCGAAUUGCUCGCGAACUCACGCCUCCAACUCUAUGUUCUCUGCUAUGCUCCAUCUCUGCUACUAGCGGGUUACUGAAAACAAACAAAGAAUAUAUUACUAUGGCACAGAAUUAGAUAUAAAAACAAGUAAACAUUAAUCUAAAAAUCAGUUGUGAUUUAACAAGCUGCGAGUACAGUGCAAAAAAUGCUAUCACAGGAUCAGAUUUUCAUGCAUGAACGAUUAAGGUUAUUAACAUUUGAUAAUCGUUGGAAAUUAGAAUCGAGUCUGUUGUCACCUCAAAAUUUGGCUAAACAGGGUUUUAAAUUUGUGCGAGCACCUGACGUUGUUCAAUGCGUGUUUUGUUCAGUAUAUUUAGAAAAUUGGUUGCCAACAGACGAUCCUAGUAAGGAACAUGAACGAUGUAGUCCAAAUUGUGGAUGGCGCAAAGAAGAUAAUAUUUCAUGUGAAGAGGAGAAUUUCGAUAAUAAUAUUCUACGACAAUAUGAAGAACGAGUUUUAACUUUCCAUCGUCCAGAACCAUUCAAGCUCUCAGUAUUUAUUAAUAGAGCAGACUAUUUUGCAAUAAAUGGAUACUUUUUGCAUGAGAAAUCAUAUCUGCAAUGUGUAUAUUGCAAAUAUAUUAUUGAAAAUCCUUAUGAAAAAGUGAUACAUGUUCCAUUUUGUAUAUAUAAAAAGAUGAGCUAUAAUGGAAAAGAAACGACAAAUGAUGAAAAAGAAGAUGCUGUGGGAAAACAAGCUGGAUAUAGUACAAUAUGCACUCUGUUGUAAUCGAGAUAUUAGUGAUUCCUAAGUGCAUUGUCGUAGUAUCAGGAAAGAAGUAACUCCUGAAAAAUCAUGAUUAGAAAAAUAAAGAAUUGUAUCAUACUUACAUGCAAUGAAUGAUGUGCUGUACUGUCUCUCUCUCUCUGCUUACACUAGUUCUUCAUACGUCUUUCCUCCUCAAAGAAUGGAGUGAUUAUGCACUCUCGAACUCUGUGAAAUCAACGAACAUAAUGAAAAUCACAAUAAUAUUGAGAAGAAAUUUAGCAAGUCAACAUGUGAUGUUAAUUAUGGAAAUUAAUGAGGAGAUUACAUUCGAAAUAUUGUUAUUCGAGAUAUGUGGAAGUGAGAAUUCGAGUGCAUUGUGAGAAUUUGAUAUUUUUUCUCUGAAUGCAACUUGCUGUACGUGUAAGAAUGCAUUUGUAUGUCAAGGAUGUGACAAGUGGAAAAAUGCACUAUCUCUCACUCACCCUAAAACAGAGAGAGAGGAACGAAUGAGUAUAUAAGAGGCGGUCAUUGGAUUUGCCAGCUUCAUUCGACCACUAGUCACGUUUCACACAUAUCCUCGCUAUCAUCAUCAUGGAGUCCACACGUGAGCAGUACAUCCUUCCGGAUACACCUCCUCAACAAGAACCAUCAUUCUCAUCUUACUGGGCAGCGCAAGCUGCGCGGAAGAAGAAGAUUCCUUCUAGCAGUGCUGCUCCCCCUGCUGCUGUCGCUGUCGCAUCCGACCCCGAGGAGUCGCCCCUGAAGAGACGUGGAGUCUUCGUGGAGAGAGGGAUGAGCAGCGAUGAGCUCAUUAUACCAGACACACCACCACCAUCUCAUCUAGGAUGGGCACCGAAGCGAGUGCCGCUAACAACAAUUACCACCAACAGGCAGCAGGGGAAGAGAAAACUGCAAUUUCUGGAGGAGGAGGAAACCAACUUCGUACCCUCAAAGAAACAUAUGUCUGAGAACACCUCCAUGGCUCCGCUACUGGAGGAGGCAGCCGCGCGGGAUGAUGAUGAUGAUGAGGACUUCAUCACACUCAUCAAUAAACCAUCACCAAAACCGUGGGUGCCUCUCCGCGAGCUGGCGGAGGAUGUUCCACAUACUAUCAUCUCAGUGCGGGAGGAAACGAACCAUCAUGGCAGACGAAUUAUUUUGAAAAUUAAUAUCGCUUCUACGAAGAAAAUCUCUGAGGUAUACCUGCCUCAGAGAUUUUCUUCAAUAAUUUCACCUUGUAAAGUUGUUAAAUUUAAUUCUAACUGUAAAAAUUUAGGAAUAGUAGUGAAGCAUAUAACCGCUACAUGGAGCAACAUUAAGAUUGUUAAAAUUUAA